GAAGCGGAAACUGUUGCUCGCACGCCUGAUGUCAUACCUGUCAAGUAUUAUAUUGAAGAGGGAGCGGCGGGAUACUAUGAAGAGCAUAAAUUCCUUGUACAUGCAGCUGUGUAUAUAGAAAUAUGUAACGCCCAACUGAUGCAGAUAGAUGACGAGUGA